AUGGAGCUUCACUUCAGCGCUCCACAGACACAGGGCAUGUGGCAGCCAGCUGCAUUGCAUCACCUGCUCCUAGUGAUCGUCACUCUGUCGGCCGUGCAGGCUGUACUCUCGCCCCCGCCCGGCUACGAUGACGACAACUCACCGCUGCAGCUGCGCCUGGAGGAUCUGGAGCGGGAACGUGAGCGAGAGCGUGAACUGGAACUGGAACAGGAUCUGGAGCAACAUUUCGAUGUGAAUCGGCCGCCGCUGCUGCCCAAUCACUACGAGUGGCGUCCGGGCGUGGCGGCCAGCCUGCCGCCCAGCUAUGUGCAGGAUGCCGCCCAGCGGGAGCGCCAACUGGAGGAGCUGCGGCAGCUGCAGCGGCAGCACCAGCAGCUGAGUGCGGGCUAUGCAUUCCCCGCCCACCUGCCGCCGAGCGUCUUCUAUGUCGGACCCGGACCCACAGCAGCCACGCCCACACACACGACCACACCGACGGCAACGGCAACGGCAGCAGCAGCAGCAACAACUGCAACCUCUGCCAGACUCCUGAGACCCAUUGUGCCCUAUGAUCUCGAUCUGCAGCUAAAUGGCAUUCAGUAUCUGGGGAGCAAUGCCCUGCCACAGCCACUGCCGCGACCUCAGCACCAGCUCCAGCUGCAGCUGCAGCGGCCACCCUUUGUCUACGGCUAUACGCAGCCGCCGCCCAGGCUGUACGCCGCCCGACCACCGCCACCGCCAGGACUAGGAUUUCAGCAGUCGAAGCAGUUCGCCUAUGCACCGCCCCCGCAACGCGGCUACGCCGCUGGCCAUCGCAUACCCCUGCCCUAUCCGCCGAGCUUCAUCAGCAUCACAACGCGACGGCCCUCGGGCGGCUAUGGGGCCAGCCAUCAGAAGCCGUUCCGCCCCUCGCAGCCGGACCCCACGCCGGAUCUGUUCGCCGGACGUGCGUCCAAGUCGCUGCUGGACUCGUACAUACCCAGCUGGGAGGUGUUGCGGCUGCUACAGCAAACCCAGCCACAGUCGCAGUCACAGCCACAUCCGUACAGCAGUCAUGGUCCAGUGCAGCGGCACACUCUGGCCUACCCCGUCGCCCGACCGUUGAGACUGGUCAAGCGGGGCUCCGAGGGGGAGACCGUGAAGAAGUCGCUUCAAGCGAAUGUUUAGCUUACAUUUUUCUGUGUCUGUGUGAGUGUGUGUGUGUGUUCGUGUGUUUGCGUG